AUGAAUCUGAUUGUGGUUUCUGAUGUGCUCUGUGUUACAGUGGUACAGAGUCAGAAUGACUGGGGAGUGACUUACACUUCUACUCAGAUCUGUGCCUUAAAAGGAUCAACAGUGGACAUAAACUACAGAUACCCAUCCUGGACAAAGGACAUUUAUACUACAGUUGAGAGAACAUUCUGGUUCACUAAAGUGAGUAAUACUGAACCUGUGGAUCUGAGAACAGACUCAGAGUACGCAGGUCGUGUUCAGUAUCACUAUGAUAAGAACGACUGCACCCUGAGAAUCACAGACCUGAGAGAGAGCGACUCAGCUGAGUACAAGUUCACGUUCAUAACAAACCAACCAGGAGGGAGAUUUACUGGUUCACCUGGAGUCACUUUGACUGUCACAGAUUAUACAGAUCUCCAGGUGCAGGUGAGCAGAUCAAGACUCUAUCCUACCUGGAGAGAGCUGACGUGUCACAGCAGUUGUCGUCUACCUGAUCGUUCUUCCUUCAUCUGGUACAAGAAUGGACAGAAAAUUCAGGAUGUAACAUCUUCUACUUAUAAAAAGUACUUUUCUCCUGCAGACAGCUAUUCCUGUGCUGUAAAAGGAUUUGAGCAUCAUCCUGCUCCUUCAGUGUGUAUCUUUCCUGAGUCCUGCCACAGAGUGAUUUACACUGACAGAAGCAUCUGUGCCUUCAGAGGCUCAUCAGUGGACAUUUCCUGCUUAUACAGCAGUUAUGAAUAUAUCACAUCAACAUUCUGGUUCAGUCCUGAACGUAGUCAUCAGUGGCAGAAUCCCUCACUGCCUGAGGACCUUAGUGAAGACUCCCAGUAUGCAGGUCGUGUUCAGCUCCUUAAAACAGAGGGAGGACGCUCCACUCUGAGAAUCUCUGACCUGAGAGAGAGCGAUUCAGCCCAGUAUCACUUCACAUUCAAAACACAAAGCUUUGAAUGGAGGAGUAGUUUACCUGGAACAACUCUGACUGUCACAGCUCUCCAGGUGCAGGUGAUCACAAUAACAGUCCAUCAGUCUUAUACCGAGGCAAAGCUGAAAUGUCUCAGCAGCUGCAGUCCAGCAGGUCGUAUUUCUUACGUCUGGUUCAAGAACGGACAGAAAGUUAUGAAGGAGGAAACUUCUCUUUAUUCAGGGCAGUUUGAUCCUGGUGACAACGUCUCCUGUGCUUUGAAAGGACAUGAGGAUUACCGCUCUCCUUCAGUGUGUGAGUUUACCUAAAUAUGUCACUAACACAAUGUCAAAAUGUAUCCAAGGUAACAGACAGUUGAUUUUAAUAUGAGCAGGGACAAGGAAAUCAACUUUCACUCCUCACUUUGUGUCUAACAUUUGCUUCUUACAUUGUGUCAGUUAAUUAACUGUUGACCAACUAUGUUUUCUCCUCCAGAUGCUCCAAAGCUUCCCUCUGUGUCAGUGAGUCCCUC